UUAUGAAAGUAUACACUUUUUUCCACAAUAUGUGUAUGUGUGUGCGUGUUUGAAGUAGUGUACGCAGAAUUAUUUUUUGUUGAUUGACAAAAUAUUUUGUUGUUACCGCAAUGUAAUUCUAAACCGUAUUCCAACUAACAGUGUAUAAUAGAAUGUGAUUCAAGCAUUGGUAAAGCUGGCUGUACCAUUGUUAAAAUAGCACAGCGCAUUUGCUCCGCCUCAACUCCCUAUGAAAAGAAAAAAAACACCAUUUUGAAUUUUUACUAUACAUAUAAAUUAGUGGUCGGAGGAUUCGCAUAUACAGGAUGUUGCGGCAACUCUUUUGCCAGCAUGGCGCCAUAUACAUAUUGGAUGCCUUUUUUCUAUUAUCGCAAAUGCUUUCCGCAGUGGACUGCGUCAAAGUUGAGCACGGAAAUACGCACCUGCAUCCGCAUCAAGUAUCGCCGUCGAAGCAGCAGUUCCCAUCAAGUGAUAUAGUUGCUCAAUUCGUUCUACCGCCUAUUGCCGGCGGCGUGGCUAGAGGAGCAUUUGAGGCAGGCGGCAGCGGCUCCACCUCAACAUCAACGGAAGCAAACUUUGGCAAUCGCACAAACGCUGCUAACGGAUUAGGGGGAGUUGGCUCAAAUAGUCAAUCGAAAAACUAUUUCACGCAUCUCACCUUUGAUUAUACGCACAACGUACUGUAUGCGGGUGCUACAAACAAGAUACUAAAGCUAAAUGAAAAUCUGCGAGUUCUCUCCGAGGCUGUCACUGGCCCCAAGCACGAUGCACCGCAAUGCCACGCCGGUGGCUGUCCGGAGGAUGUGGAAACAGCGCUGGUCAAUAACUUCAACAAGAUAUUGGUAGUUAGCUAUGCUCAUAACGACGGCAUUCUCAUCUCAUGUGGUAGCAUCCGACAAGGUGCCUGUGAGAUUUACAAUCUGUUGCGAUUUCCGGCAGCUCCGCAAUUUGUGGCCGUGCCAUUAGCCGCAAAUGACGAAUAUGCAUCGACUUAUGCGUUCGUUGGACCCGCGCGUUAUUCGUGGAAAGAGGAGGAUAUACUCUAUGUGGGAACGACGUUCACCAAUGUGGGUGACUAUCGGCAUGAUGUGCCCGCGAUAUCGUCGCGCCGCCUCGACGAUCUAAACUAUGCCGAAUUCUCAAUUCAGCAGUCGAUUAUCAACAUUGAUGUGAAGUAUCGUGAUCACUUUCUUGUUGAUUACGUCUACGGCUUCAAUUCGUCAGAGUAUGCAUACUUUGUGCUUGUGCAAAAGAAGUCGCAUCUGGCCGAAGAGGCUGGCUAUGUGACGCGUCUAGCACGCAUCUGCAUUACGGAUCCCAACUAUGACAGCUAUACCGAGAUAACGAUACAGUGCACGGCGACAGACGAUCACAUCGACUAUAAUAUAUUGCGCGAUGCGAAGAUCACGCACGCCAGCCAAAAGCUGGCCUAUCAAAUGGGCAUCAAGCGGGAUGAUCAUGUGCUGGUGACCGUGUUUUCGCCCUCGAAAGAGAUUAGCGACCAGCCAGAAAAUAAAUCAGCCAUGUGCAUAUAUAGUCUGAAGGACAUUGAGGAUGUGUUCAUUGAGAAUAUACACAUGUGCUUCAAUGGGACGAUCAAAGAUCGAAAUCUCGGCUAUAUAUCGGGCACCAUCAACGAUGGCAGAUGCCCGAUUGUCGGCUCUUUGGGCAAUAUAUACAACUUUUGUAAUGUGGGACUGAAAAUCAGUGGAGUUGCUCCCAUUUCGGCGCAUGCGUUAUUCCAUUUUGAUAAUGUGUCCGUCACGUCGGUGACGGCGACAACAACAACAGAUCAACAGCAUUCGCUGGCGUUCCUUGGCACCGAAGCGGGCAACAUCAAGAAGGUGUUGUUGUCUGGCCAAAAGCCCGGUGAAUAUGAGGAAAUCGUUGUGGAUGCCGGCAGUCGAAUUUUGCCCAACACAAUGAUGUCACCGAAAAAGGACUUUCUUUAUGUAUUGUCAAAGCGUAAAAUAACCAAGCUGCGUAUCGAGCAUUGCUCGGUAUAUUCGAAUUGUUCCGCGUGUCUGGAGUCGCGGGAUCCCUUCUGUGGCUGGUGCUCAUUGGAGAAGCGCUGCACGGUCCGCUCCACGUGUCAGCGGGAUACGUCAGCAUCGCGCUGGCUAUCGCUGGGCAGCGGUCAGCAGUGCAUUGAUUUCGAAUCGAUUGUGCCGGAUAAAAUACCCAUCACAGAACUGACACAGGUGCAGCUGGUGAUACGAACGCUGCCGGAGCCAUUUAAUGCCAAAUAUCGUUGUGUCUUUGGCAACUCGACGCCAAUUGAUGCCGAAAUACUGGAGCAUGGCCUGGCCUGUGCGACGCCGCCAAUCGAUCAGAGGCCGAGCAUUGCGGCCAAUAUGGAUCAUGUAUUGGUGCCGCUCUCGGUGCGCAGCUCGGAGACAAACAAGGACUUUGUCUCGCGUUCCUUUGCAUUUUUUGACUGUUCGCAUCACGGCAACUGCCAGUCGUGCGUGCGCAGCUCGUGGGGCUGCAACUGGUGUAUAUUCGACAACAAGUGCGUCCACAAAUCGGAGCAAUGCCGCAACAUGGAGAAUGCGAUCAGUACAGAGGGACAGUGUCCGCAUUUGAAGCGCAACCGCCAGCCAAUAUUGCUGCCAGUUCGUGUACCCAAGGAGAUUCGCUUGGAGAUCGAAAAUCUCCCAAAGCCAAAGAGCGCGCAUGCCGGCUAUUUGUGCACAAUUCAAAUCGAGGCAGCCCAAAUGCUUUUGCCGGCACACAUUGAGUCCAACCGGAUCGUUGUGUGCGAGAAGACGCCGUACUUUUAUGAGACGAACACGCACGAGUACGAGGCCAAGGUGGAGAUCACUUGGAAUCGUCAGCAUUAUGUGGACACCGCCACGGUCAUAUUGUACAAGUGCGAUGUGCUCGGCUCGCAUCGCGAGCACGCCGAUUGCAGUCUGUGCGUUACACGAGAUCCCAAGUAUCAGUGCGCCUGGUGCGGCAGCUCGUGUGUCUACAAUGAAACGUGCGCCGGAUCUGUAGUUGGGGCAGGUUCGGCUCUGUCGCUGCAAAACGAGUGUCCACGUCCGCGGAUUGACAUCAUUAAGCCCCUGUCCGGGCCCGUUGAGGGCGGCACUCUGGUGACAAUUGAGGGCAGCAAUUUGGGCAUACGCGAGGAGGAUGUGCGCGGCAAGAUCUCGAUUGGCACAGUGCCAUGCGAGCUGGUCAACUAUCAGAUAUCUGUCAAGAUCGAGUGUCGCACCGGUGCCGCACUGCACGAGAUGUCCGCACCGAUUAAGGUGGCCAAUGAUGCCGGUUACACGGAAUCGAGUGUACAAUUUCAUUUUAAAGAUGUCCAGCUAACCGGGCUAUAUCCCACAGUUGGACCCAAAUCGGGCGGCACACAAUUGUCCUUGCUGGGCAAAUACCUAAAUAUUGGCUCAAGCAUUCGGGCUUUUCUCGACGAAUACGAAUGCCAUAUAAAUGUGACGCAGGCCUCGUCCUCGCGCCUAUCGUGCAUAACGUCCGAGGCGACACAGCCGGAGCCAAUACGUUCACUGCGCCUGGUCGUCGAUGGUGCCAAUCGUACCUUCACCUGCAAGAAUCCCGAGCCAGUUGGCCAGCUGAUAUCGACAUCAGCGCGCAGCUAUUACGGAGCAUAUUACAAUAUGCCGCCGCCGCCGCCGCCGUGCUCGAUCUUUAACUACACACAAGAUCCGCGCAUAAUGCAAAUCAAGCCGCUUCGCAGCUUUGUCAGCGGCGGCCGCAUCCUAACCGUGCACGGCAUGUAUCUGGACUCUAUACAAAAUCCUGAGCUCGAGGUCUUCUUUGAUAAUGAACGCGUCAACAAAACAUCUUGCACUGUGAUCAAUUCCAGCCAAAUGGAGUGCCCAUCGCCGCCGGUUAACCAAAAGUUUGACUUGCUCAAGAACGCCAUCGAAACCGGAAAAUCGGAUCGGAGAAAAGAGAAAUCGAAGCGCAAUGUCCUCUUCAAUGACAGCUUCAACAUCUAUGGAACGGGCUCGACGGCGUCGAGCUACUUCGCCAGCAUGGAUAGCAUGGAUGUGGCUGCCUUUGUGAAGGUACACGAGACGCAGCUCAAUUUACAGCUCAGCUUUGUCAUGGACAAUGUGCAGUUGGUGCGCGACUUGAACAAAUAUUUCCAUGACAUCCGGAGCACGAUUGUCUAUCUGACCGAUCCCAAGUAUCUGCCGUUUGCCAACAAUGGCAUUAAGCUCUACAAGGGCGAUACUUUGGUCAUCGAAGGCGAGCUCCUCAACUUGGCGGCCGAUGAGUACGAUGUGAAUGUAACUAUCGGCACCGCUCAGUGCAAUAUAACUAGCCUGGCUCUCACCCAGCUGCUGUGCAUUCCGCCGGAGCAGCAGCCAUCGGCGACCGAUGAGAACGGGAUCGAUCAGUCGUCCGAUUUGCCGCUGGUCGUUGUCAAAGUUGGCCGCAAUUUGCGCUUUGUUAUUGGCUAUCUCAAAUAUGAUUUGAACAAACCCUACUCUCUGCUCUCCCAUGCCAUGCUGGGCAUCAUCCUAACUGUCGCCAGCUUAAUUGUUAUACUGAUCAUUGUGCUGAUCAUGUUCAGGCGAAAGUCCACGCAAGCGGAGCGCGAAUAUAAACGGAUACAAAUCCAAAUGAUAACAUUGGAGAGCAAUGUGCGCUCCGAAUGCAAACAGGCAUUUGCCGAACUCCAAACGGAUAUGACGGACCUGACCGCAGAUCUGGAGAGCAGCGGCAUACCGACGCUCGAUCAUGUUAAUUACAUUAUGAAAGUCUUCUUUCCCGGCGUCUCCGAUCAUCCCAUAUUGAAUUCACCGAAAAUGCGCGGCAAUAAUCAGCAUACAAAUUACGAUACGGCGAUGAUGCAAUUCGAGCAGCUAAUCAGCAAUAAAUAUUUCCUAUUGACCUUUAUCGAGACUCUGGAGGCGCAGAGAUCAUCGUUCUCGAUACGCGAUCGCGUCAAUGUCGCCUCCCUGCUAAUGAUAGUCCUAAUGAACAAAAUGGAAUAUGCCACCGAGAUACUCAAAUGCCUUCUGCUGCGUCUCAUCGACAAGUCGCUGGCCAGCAAGCAUCCCCAGCUGAUGCUUCGGCGCACCGAGAGCGUCGUUGAGAAAAUGUUAACCAACUAUCUGGCCAUAUGCAUGUACGAUUAUCUCAAGGAAUAUGCCGGCUCCAGUCUCUUUCUGCUGUUCAAGGCCAUUAAGCAUCAGGUGGAAAAGGGUCUCGUGGAUGCCAUAACGCACGAUGCUCGAUAUUCGCUGUCCGAGGAACGUCUGCUGCACGAACAGGUUACACAUUCCGUUGUCAUAUUGCAUAUACUGCAGGAUGACCUGGACGAAAAGGUUCAGUGUCGCGUCAAUGACUGGGACACAAUAUCUCAGGUCAAACUGAAGAUACUCGAUGCGAUUUUCAAAAAUACCCCAUUCUCGAUGCGUCCGUCCGUGCACGAAGUCGAUCUCGAGUGGCGUCACGGUCGCGGCGGUCAUUUAACCCUGCAGGACGAAGAUCUGACCACAAAAACCAUUAACGGCUGGAAGCGCCUCAAUACGUUAUCGCAUUACGGCGUCAAAGAGUCGGCUGUGAUGUCCCUCAUAGCCAGGCAGAACGAUAGCUACAAUAUGCCUUACAGCAAGCAGCAGGCGCCUUACCACAACUUUUACUACAUCAACAACUCACAGAGUCACAUAAUCAUCAACAACGAUAUUGAGUCCGGUCUGCAGCAGCCGAGACUUUAUCAUUUGGUCAAGCCGAUAAUACCGGAUCACUACAUGAAUAUCAAAAACUCUGCCAUGUCCGGAGUGCUAGCCCCGGCGCAAGGCAACAUUGGCAACGGCGGCGGCAACGGCGGCGGCAGCGAGCGGGUUAAUAAAACCAUACCCGAGGUGUAUUUAACACGCCUGCUCGCCACAAAGGGCACCAUACAGAAAUUCGUUGAUGAUUUCUUCUCCAUAAUAUUGACCGUAAAUGAAGAGCUACCGCCGGCAGUUAAAUGGCUUUUCGAUCUGCUCGACGAGGCGGCCAGACGUCAUAAUAUUGCCGAAACUGAUAUAUUGCAUGCAUGGAAGUCAAAUAGUUUGCCGUUACGAUUUUGGGUUAACUUUAUUAAGAAUCCAGAUUUCAUAUUCGAUGUUAACAAAACAUAUUCCGUCGAUUCUUGCCUCAGUGUCAUAGCACAGACUUUUAUGGACGCCUGUUCAACGGCCGAGCAUCGAUUGGGCAAGGACUCGCCAUCCAACAAGCUUCUCUUUGCAAAAGAUAUUCCGAACUAUAGAACAAUGGUUAAGGAAUUUUACCGAGACGUGGCAAGGCUUCCGCAAAUCAGUGACCAGGAAAUGAGCACAGCCAUGCAGCAAUUGUCGGUACAACAGAAUGAAGAAUUUGACACAAUUUCCGCACUCAAAGAGCUCUACAUUUAUAUAACAAAGUACAGAGAACAGAUCAUGGACGCUUUGGACUCGGACCCAAAUUGUAAAAAGAUGCAUCUGUCCAGCAAACUUGAAAGCGUUGCUUGUACACUCGACGGCGAGGAUACUUCAAACUGCUGACAAGAAUGUGCGUUCCAUUUUGUGAUCAAUAACGCUGCUGCUGACCUGAUCUUUUUCAUUUCAAGCAUCCCAUUUACAAUUCGCAAAGGAUUUGUUUUGCAAACCAUGCAUACACAUAUUAUAUACUACUCUAUCAAGUGCCAACUCGAGCAACAAAACAUGCUGCAUAUUUUAAUUUAAUCGCGUAUUUUCUGAUAAGAGAUCGAUUGCAUCAUAUGCACUAAUCAUUUCGAUAUGUGAAUCCCCCCACAUAACUAAAAACAAAAUCUCAAUAACCAAAAGAUUUAAAGAUCAUUUCACCCAACUAAACCAAACCUUCGAUUCUAAUUGACGAAGUGAUUUAUAAUAUAAAAAAAAGCUUUUUUCAUUCCCCGUUUGAUCCACGAUACUUAAAUUCAAAAACCGAUUCGAGAUUCCAGAUUGAAAA